GUGAUGGGUCAGCAUGUUAAAAACUCCAAAUCAAGUUGACUGUGUGGAUGUGUAUUUGGCAUUUCUUUUAAUAGUGUUCUUUAAUCUUCAGGAAGAACUUGGAGAAGGUGAGAGUCUGUACUCUUCAGCCACCAUGUCUGGAAUUGGUAAUAAACGGGCGGCUGGAGAGUCUGGCCCUUCUGCACCUCCAGAGGAGAAGGCAGGGGUUGAAGAUUCAGGAACCAAUGUGGAGACCAUUAAACUUGGUGGUGUUUCAUCAACGGAGGAGCUGGACAUCCGGACCCUGCAGACCAAGAACCGGAAGCUCGCAGAGAUGCUCGACCAGCGCCAGGCCAUCGAAGAUGAGCUGCGGGAGCACAUUGAGAAGCUGGAGCGUCAGCAGGCCACUGAUGAUGCCUCUCUGCUGAUCAUCAACCGAUACUGGAAUCAGUUUGAUGAAAAUAUCCACAUCAUCCUUAAAAUCUUCAACCUGGACCAAGGUCUUGGAGACCUUCUGUCUGAAAGAAAAGCACUGGUGGUGCCAGAACCUGAACCAGACUCUGACAGUAAUCAGGAGUGCAAAGAUGAGAGAGAACGAGUAGAAGGACUGGAGCCAGCAAUCUCCUUCCUGGCCACUCUAGCCAGCAGUACCAGUAAGGAGAUAGAAUCUCAGCUGCAGGAGCGUGUAGAGUCCUCCUGCUGAGCUGUUGCCCAGAUUGUGACAAUGUAUGACAAGCUGCAGGAGAAGAUGGAUGUGCUGUCUCACAAGCUGAAUAGUGGAGAUAUAUCACUGAUGGAAGAAGCAGUAGUGGAGCUGCAUUCCUACCUGUCCCAUGAGAAUGGACGGCUGCAGGAACUGGUUGAUAUUCUUCAGGAGAAGCACAGAGUCAUGUCUCAGGAAGUAUAAAGAGGAGAAAGAAAGAAAUCUGCUUUGGGAUUUUGCUCAGCAUAAUUUUUUGUUACUAUAGUUUGGAAAGCAGCUUACUUCCUUGGAGAGGCACAGGAGAAACAUGGUUUGAAAGGACACUCUGGAGAAACAUUAGCAGUGGGAUUUACAAGCAGUUUAUCCCAACAGUUUGAGGAGAUGAAUGCAGAGCUGGAAGAGAAUAAAGAGCUUGCUGGGAAUUGCCUUAAUGAAGUGGAGGAACUAUGUCAGGAUCUUGAGGAGGGAACAACACAAAAUGAAAAGCUCAAGGUUGAGCUGCGACGAGCAGUGGAAGAGGCUGUGAAGGAGACCCCAGAGUAUCGCUGCAUGCAGUCCCAGUUUUCUGUUUUGUAUAACGAGAGUCUCCAGCUGAAGGUGCACCUUGACGAGGCCCGCACACUGCUCCACAGCACCCGGGCCACACACCAGCGCCAGGUUGAACUGAUCGAGAGGGAUGAGGUCAGCCUUCACAAGAAGCUAUGCACUGAGGUGAUUCAGCUGGAGGACACCCUGGCACAAGUCCACCAAGAAUAUGAGAUGUUGAGGAUAGAGUUUGAACAGACACUUGCUGCCAAUGAGCAAGCAGAGAGCAAAGUUCCCUCGGACCCCGAGGAGAAAGAAUAUGCCAGGCUCUGGUUGACUGCCAGCGUAGGGCUAUUCCCG